UAGAUAUGCUAUAAUAAUGUAAUAUAAAUAGUCAGCAUUUACAAAAUUUCUUUCUUUUAGUAAUCCAAAUCCUUAAUCUCUCCCAUACCUCAUCACCUAAGGUGAAAUAUUGAUUGAGAAUAUAGAUGUUGGCAGUUAGUGUUGGGAGCUUGCCUGUACUAGCUCCAGUUAGACCAAAAGUUGGAUGCAAGAACCAAAUUCAUAACACAGGAUGCCCUCCAGCCUCUGUACCUAUGCAGUUUCAAGCUUUUGGUGUCCAGAGUGGGUUUAAAAAUGUUCAUCUUUCAGCUCCAAUUGGGCUUGGAAAGCAAUUAUAUCCUAUUGAUGGAAGUAACUAUUCUAAUAGAAAGCGAGCUGCUUCUGUUACAUGUGCUGCUGCUAUGCAUGCAAGAUGCUCUGCUUCAGGGCAAACUCAAACAGUUACUCGCGAGGCACCGACAAUUACCAGGGCUCCUGUACGAGAGCCAACAAAGACGCCAGAAAUUGAUGAUGGUGGACCUGGACUUCCACCUGGAGGCGAUGAUGGCGGCGGAGGCGGCGGAGGUGGUGGAGGAGGAAACUUUUCAGGUGGAUUCUUCUUCUUUGGUUUUCUUGCAUUUUUGGGCUUCUUAAAAGAUAAAGAGGGUGAGGAAGACUACCGCGGCGGUAAUAGAAGAAGAUAAAAAAUAGAGUAAGGAUAUCGUAACUACACAUUUUUGGGCGGAUUCAUCCAUAGAUUGUUGUAUUCUUUAGACUAAUUAAUAACCUGAGUAUUCAAAUGAUAUAGAGACCAGCAAUCAAAUUUUAGUCCUUCAUGCUA